CUGUAUCAGCCAUUUCAGAACGGUUACAUAUUCACAGCUCAGUUCAAUUUUGUCGUAUUCCCUAUUGUCGGGGCAGCGAUUGUACUUUUUGAACUGUUCGUUGUCGGGAUCUUCUAUGGAUUCCGUAUGUUUUUCUCUAACACUUCCCUGAUGGUGUACGGAGUGGCGAAGUCGGAGUCGAAAAAAAUGAAACUGUUUUUCAAUACAAUAGCGUUGGCCGACUGGACAGUGGUGCUUCCAAUAUGUUGCCUGUAUAUGAUAAUUUGCACAAUCUACUUUGAUCAUAUAUUACAAAUGCAUGUGUUAGAUUUCUAUUCCUGGUUUUGGAUAGGCUUUCUUCUAUUUCCGAUUCCAGCUUUAAUGAUCUAUUCGAUCUAUUCCCAGUAUAGUAUUGGCAACAAUAUCUAUCCAUUGUUCAAACGAAAUCCAGACCUGUGGGGACCACGAACACGUGCCAAUCGUGUAGAAGCUGAACGAGCUGAACGAAUGAUCCGACAAUGGUGG